UUCUCUGGUUUGCGCAUGCGCCCCUCGGAAGCCAGCGAAGGAAGGAGUCCCCGGAUGUGGUUCCGCGGGGCGCGGCUGCUGGGCCUGGGGCUCCUCCUCGCCCACAGGGGGCCGGGCCGGGCGCAGCGAUUGGGCUGCACCGGAAGGAGCCCUGCCUGGGCGAAGCCCCUUCCGGCCCCCUCCUGCCGGACCCUUCCCUCCUCCGCCGCCGCCGCCGCCUCUAUGGCCGAGCCCAAGCUCCUCGGGCAGAAGGAGGCUCAGGCGCUGGACCAGGAGCUCUUUGAGGCCUACAAGUUCAGCCUGGACCAGUUGAUGGAGCUGGCCGGACUCAGCUGCGCCACGGCCAUCGCCAAGGCCUACCCGGUGGGCUCCUUUGCCUCCAACCCUCCGGCCGUUCUGGUCGUCUGCGGCCCCGGAAACAACGGAGGAGACGGGCUGGUCUGCGCACGACACCUCAAGAUGUUUGGCUAUGAGCCAACGGUGCAUUACCCAAAGCGGCCCUCGAAGCCCCUUUUCGAAGGGCUGGUCACUCAGUGCCAGAAGAUGGACAUCCCCUUCCUGCCCGAGUUCCCCUCCGAGGCGGGGCUGAUAGACGAGCUGUACGGCCUGGUGGUGGACGCCAUCUUUGGCUUCAGCUUCCAAGGGGCCGUCCGAGAGCCCUUUGCGGGCAUCCUCAGCGUCCUGGAGAAGGUCACCCUCCCCAUCGCAAGCAUCGACAUCCCCUCCGGCUGGGACGUGGAGAAGGGGCACCCGGAGGGCAUCCAGCCGGACCUCCUGAUCUCGCUGACCGCCCCCAAGCUGGCAGCCAAGCAUUUUGGGGGCCGCUACCACUUCCUGGGGGGCCGCUUUGUGCCCAAGGCCCUGGAGCAGAAGUACGGCCUCCACCUGCCCCCCUACCCGGAGACCGACUGCGUCCUGCGCCUUUCCUGAGGGCCGAGGAAGGGGCCUCCAGGGGACACCUAGACCGGCCCACAGGUGGGUCAAAAGACUCUCCCCUUGGAGACAUUUCCCCACGUUUGGUCUUCCAAACGCCCAGAAGAGAUGGAAACUCAGAGCCACAAUAAACGAGAUAUUGCAAUCA